GUAUAACCAACAAUGUGGUCUCUCGCUGUCGCAGUGUUAGCUCUUGUCUCUGCCAUUGUCUUCAUUUACUGGUCCCUGGGUAGGAAUCCAGUUCACAGGGGACUGCGAGGUGGAUCAAUACGCCCUCCCGUACAACAAAUACUGGCAGAAAGAGAGAACUUGAGCUAUGGGCUGAAAGAGUACACGGCCCCGCGGGUGACGGGGGUUCUCUUCAGAAUAUUAGUAUGGCUCUCCUUCACGAGAUUGGGCUACGUCAUUCUCGUUAGGAGGAACAUGAGAAAAAGCAACCUCCACAUAUUCAAAGGAGAAUACAUACCAGAUGAGCCCACACAUAGACCUUGUAUUCAUUAUGCGAUUACUGAUGCAAACAAGACCACGCCCAGUUGCGUGGGCGCUGAAUUUUUCCUAGGUCUGCAUAAAGCACAAAUUGCGAAUGAGUUUAAGCCGUUGAGUAUUGUCGAGCUUCAUUUGGCUUAUAAAUCGGGGAAGUUGACCCCAGUUGAUGUUGCUCGUUCUGUUUUGAAAGCUGUGUCUGAUUCAAACGAGAUGGACCCACCUCUUCGGGCUAUUGUGGAGUGCUAUGCUCCUGUUGUCAUGGAGAUGGCGGAGUCCUCGUCCCAACGCUGGGCAAAGGGAGAGCCCCUUUCUCUUUUAGACGGCGUCCCGGUUGCAAUAAAAGGCGAAAUGUACCUCGAUCCGUACCCUUUCCUCUGCGGGGGUAAAAUUAAAAUUGCCGCAAUGGAGGGGGUGAGUGAGGGGCCCAAUAUUAGCACACUGAGGGGCUCUGGUGCAGUCAUUAUUGGUAUAUGUAACAUGCAGGAACUAGGUAAAGGCACUCUUGGGUCGAACCCUCACUCGGGGUACCAAACUGCCCGUAAUCCUCACAAUAUUGAUCAUUUUUGUGGAGGGAGUUCUUCAGGUGCUGCUGCUUCAGUUUCAGCUGGUCUUUGUCCGCUUGCUAUGGGCGGAGACGGAGGUGGGUCUAUAAGAAUCCCUGCAUCACUCUGUGGGGUUGUUGGUCUCAAACCGACGUAUGGUUUGUUAAGUAGUGUGGGCGGGACACCAAUGGGUUUCACAGUUGGAGUCCCCGGGCCUAUUGGUGCUACAGUACUUGAUACCGCCAUUGCCUUGAGUCUUUUGGACAAGGAGAAACAUGUCUCACUCUCCUCACUGAAUCUAAUUGAUCUCUCAGACCUUAAGAUUGGUGUUUAUUGGGAUUAUUUCAAUCAUUGCAAUAAAGAAGUCAGAGACUCUUGUCGUAAAGGACUCGAUGCUUUUGAGACGCUAGGAGCUCAAAUUAAAGAUAUCGUAAUACCUGAACUGGAGGAAGCUAAAGUGGCCCAUAUGUUUAUCAUUCUCACCGAAGGCUCGAGCUCACUAUCAAACGAAAUAGACAAACACUUUUGGGACUUUAAUCCAGAAACCCUAACCCCGAUACUCGUGGGUCUCCACACUUCGGGAACCGAUUAUGUCAAUGCAAUGAAACAAAGAACGAGGUCUAUUGCUUUCCUAAAGAAACUCUUUGAAGAAGUUGACAUUAUUGUUAUGCCAGCCACAGCGUGUACUGCUCCAAUGAUACCAUCGAAAUCCCUCUCUCAUGGAAUCAGUGAUGUGAAGACCUCCGGGGAUCUUAUGAGGUUUUCAUUCCUUGCUAACCUGACGGGUAUACCAGGCCUGGUACUGCCCAUUCAAAGGGAAGGGUUACCUAUUGGUCUCCAACUAUUAGGUCCCUGGUACAGCGAGGGACUUUUACUAAGAGCUGGACUCGCUUUAGAAAGCGCUGGAGUGUCAGCUACUAAUAGGCCACAAGUGUAUUAUGAUUUAUUAAAGUGACACUUGUUCUUCUAAUAGUCAUUAUUAAUAUCAAUGGAAUUGUUGUAUAAAUGCAUUCUCUGUAUAGCUCUUUGGUUCUACUGUAUUUAUUUUGCAUAAUGUCCACCAUUCAGUCAUCAAUUCACACAGUUUCAUUUAUUUAGGAAAAAA